AUGGUUUCUUCAGUUCUCUGGAUCCACAUUGCAGGCCAGCUUUUCUUCACUCAUGUUCUGGCGUCGGCAACCUCGGAGUUGACCGGGGCGAUGUUCUACCUCACGAAGGACUUUUCGAACGGGGCGCUGAUCGCCGUGGACGCCCGGCACGUGAAUCGCGCAAUUCUUCGGGGCGACUACCGUUUUGAGAUGGAAGAGGUGAUGCAUGUAGUCCUUUACGAUCAGGUGCCGUUGUCAGCGGUCUCCGUUCUGUUCUUGCCCAAGCUGUACGAGCACGACGUCACCUUGGUGUACUCGAGUGACGACCCCAUGCCAGAGUUUCUCGUGCCCGAUUUCCAAGCGUUGACCACGACACAGGUCAGCUUGAUGCGAUUGGGACUACGCUCCCGCCGGGCCGAGGCAGAGCAAACUUUCUUUGAUCGUGCAUUGAGAUUUGUACCCGCGUCCGAGCAGCUGGACGCUUGGACGCACAAUGGCCAGGGCUUGUUUCAAUUUGUUGCUAGUGAGCUGGAGGGUCGCAAGCUGGAGCUGCUCAGGGACAGCGGGCACGCGUUGUUGCAGAAUCAGGCGAUGGCCUCCGAGCGCGCAUGGGUGCACCGAGGGCCAGAGAUUGCCAUGGAGCUCGCGAAGUACAUACCGACCUCGUUUGCACCAGGUAUGCUUCCGAGUGCCAAUGGCGACGGAUUGGCACAUUGGCUUUGCGAGUGCUACUCGCGGUGCUGCGAUGGGCAGUUCCUGAAGCUCUUCCUACUGACGGAGCCAUUCCUCCCGACGCUGGUGCGCUUGCAGGAUCUCGUGCCACAGAGGCUGCGGGUCCCUCUGGCCACGCGCAACGCUGCGGUGCGCAGCAACGCGGUCGAGUUUUGUACGCGGAUCAAGGAGCAGGAGCUGAGGAAUCGAAGCAUCUUCCGAUUAGUACGGACGCUGUUCGUGCCCAUGGGUUGCAAAGAGACCGCACCGUGCGUGCUCCUAGGCGUGGAGGACAUCAGGGGCGUAGCGGUCGCGCGCGCCGAGGACUUGCCAGGCUUGCGCUUGCUCGUGCGCGCCAGCGGGCUGCUCGUGAUGCUGCCCGAGGUCGUGCGGCACCUGACGGUGCGCCAUCCGUGCGGGUGUUCUGGAGCUGCGCUGCAGGAGUGCCUGAUUCGGAGCCUCGCCGCUGGCUUCCAGCCACGGGUCGAGCAGUUUGGCGGGCCCUGGGGCCCCGUGCCCGCCUGCGGCGGCUUCGGCUCCCUCGCCGAGGCUCUGCGGGCGGUGCUGCAGGCCUACGUGCGCCUCCUCUGGACGGUGCGCGCCGGUGCGUGCGCGUUCCCCGCGUUCUGGGCGGAGCUCCACGGCGGGGAACGGCACGAGGAGCGCAAGGUGCCCGGCGCCGUGGCUGGAGAAGAGCAGGUAGCUGGCGCGCGGUGCACGCUGGGAACGCAGCAGCCGUCCUCGACUCGCCGGGUCGUGUGGGCCGUGGUCUGGCGCCUGCUCUGGGCCCGCGUGGCGGCCGAAGCAGGGGCGCCAGAACAGGAGCUCACCCAGGAGUUUAUGGAGCUGCGGCAAGCCCUGAGAGACGGCGACGCAGCUAUGGAGGGCACGAACGCCUCAGAAGAAGCCGCGAGAAGGUUGGCCUUGCUUGCCGACCUCUACAUCGGCGCCACGGCGAUGGUAGACAUCUAG